GAGUCACCAUUGAAACUGGCAUUACGAUAGGAGAAUCCAGGAUGUCUGACGAAAGUAGAGUGGUUCUGGCCAGGGGAAUUGGCCAUUCCAUCGAGGAAUUGCAAAAAACAAAGAUCAUUGGGAUAAUUGGAUUGGGAGAUAUGGGUUAUUUGUAUGCUAGAAGGUUUACAGAAGCAGGAUGGAGAGUUGUUGGGUGUGAUCGAGAAGAUAAGUAUGAGGAGACUGUUGGCAAGUUUGCCAACGACUCAUUUGAGAUCUUGAGGAAUGGCCAUGAGGUAUCUCGUAUAUCCGAUUAUAUUAUUUAUAGUGUUGAAGCAGAGAAUAUUGAUAAGAUAGUAGCUGCUUAUGGACCAUCCACAAAAUAUGGAGCAAUAGUUGGGGGACAGACUUCGUGCAAAGCACCGGAGAUCAAGGCGUUGGAGAAGACGUUACCUGCUGACGUAGAUAUAAUAUCACUUCAUUCAUUGCACGGACCCAAUGUCAAUACCACGGGCCAACCAUUAGUGAUUGUUAAUCAUCGAUCCUCGGAAGGAAGUGUUGAAUUCAUAAAUCACUUGGUAUCGUGUUUGAACUCUAAAGUGGUGAGACUACUGGCAGCAGAGCACGAUAAGAUCACUGCAGAUACCCAAGCCGUGACCCAUGCAGCAUUUUUAUCGAUGGGGAUGGCGUGGAAAGAAGUAAAUCAGUAUCCCUGGGAAUCGUCUCGAUGGAUUGGAGGAAUUGAAAAUGCAAAGAUUAAUAUAAGUUUAAGAAUCUACCUGAAUAAAUGGCAUGUUUAUGCUGGACUUGCUAUUACAAACCCGCUGGCUCAUGAACAAAUUUUACAAUACUCUAAUUCAGUAUCUGAUUUAUUUACCUUGAUGAUUCAAGGUAAAAAGGAAGAAUUGAGACAAAGAUUACAUGUUGCCAAACAAUUUGUGUUUCAUGAAAUACAUGAAUUAUUAUUAGUUGAUGAUAUUUUAGAAAACUUUUCGUUAAGUAACGUUCCUCCGGGCGGUAGACAACCAAACUCCCAUUUAUCGUUAUUGGCAAUAGUUGAUAGUUGGCAUAAAUUAGGUAUUAUUCCUUACGAGCACAUCAUCUGUUCCACUCCGCUCUUUCGUAUAUUUUUGGGGGUCACCGAAUACCUUUUCUGUACUCCCGGGUUAUUGGAUGAAUGCAUUGACGUGGCGGUAAACGAUACUUCUUUCAGACAAGAUGAUUUGGAGUUCACCAUAGCUGCAGAGAAAUGGUCUUCCAUAAUAUCGUUUGGCAACUUUGACUUGUAUCAGAAAACUUUUGAAGAUACCCAAAAGUUUUUUGAACACAAAUUCCAAGAGGCUAACGUCAUUGGUAAUGAAAUGAUUAAAACGAUCUUACUGAGAGUUAAAGAAAGAGAACUGAGAUCCUAAGUAUUUACGUAUACCUUGUAAUAUAUUUAUCUAUAAAAA